GCACUUGGAGAGGGGGCACAGCCACGCGCGGAAAGCGUAUCACAGAUUACGUUCACACAGCGGGAUUAGCUGGGAUAGAUCGUAGCGUCCGCUUCGUCCGGACAUAAGGUGAAACGGAGUUUGAUAACUUAUCGAGGAAGCCGUUCAUAAAGGGUCCAUUGAGCAUUCGCGCGUCACGGUGCCUGCAACCGUUUUCCUGACGACGACGCACCAUGGCGGAUCUAGGAGGAAAAGUCGCCCUUGUCACCGGAGGUGCGGCGGGCCUGGGAAGUGCCAUCGGAGCAGCGCUUCACGCCGAGGGAUGCAAAGUGGCGCUGUUGGACAUUGACGAGAAUCAAGGAACCAAAACGGUCGCAAAAUUCCAACAGAAACACGGAAAGGAAAGCUGCGUGUUUUACAAGUGUGACGUCACUAAUGAAGGCCAACUGGAAGACUGUUUCAAGAAUACAAGGUCAAAGUUUGGAGCACUGGACAUAUUAGUCAAUAAUGCUGGCAUCUUCUCUGAAGACAACUGGAGGAAGAUGUUUGCCAUCAACAUUGAGUCUGUGUAUUCGGGGAUUUUGCUUGGCUUCAAGUACAUGGGUAAAGACAAGGGCUACAACGGUGGCCACAUCAUCAACACGGCUUCAAUUGUCGGCAUCUACGUGGCACCUGCUGCGCCUGCGUACAACACGUCCAAGUGUGCUGUCGUCGCCAUGACCAGGGCAUUUGGGUCCAAGCUUUAUUUUGACCGCCACGGCGUCAAGGUCAACUGUCUGUGUCCCGACCCAAUAGACACAUCAAUGUGGGCCCAAAUCACUGACCAUUUGUCCUCGGACAAGGGAACACUGGGUGCCCUCAACGUGUAUAGCCAACGAGUGCAACAACCUGAAGAUGUCGCGCGAGGUGUCAUCAGGGUUUUGGAAGACGGACAGAACGGCGCGGCAUUGGUGUCUAUGAGCGCGGACGGCCUUCGGUACUACAACUUCCAGGAACCAACGCCGGAAGUGUAACUGUGCAAAAAAAAUUAAAGAACAAAUAAAGCAGACUGGAUGUUCGUCAAACGUGCUGUUCUUUCCUCUAAAAAGUUAAAUCAGUCCACUUUUCCACCUGGCGACGAUGUAAAUUAAAGGCCUCUGGAAAAAACAACAACAAGAAAACAGUUCAAUUGUAUGAGCUUGACUAGUUAACCGUCCUCGUUUCAGCAUCAGCUGAACAACAUCAUGGUGUAAACAUUAAAAAAACUAUAAAAUUUAAUAAACGUAUCUAGUCCAGAA